GCGCUCCUCGCCUGUUUCAGCAGCCGCCAGCUCGCCGAGGCCGCUGGAGCAGCCGGCGGCAGGCGCGGGUCAGCAGCCGAUGGCUGCGGAGGGAGGGGGCUGUCAUCAGUCACCAAGAGCAAUGGACUAUUCAAUAUCACCUUUAAAUAUGACAACUGCACACCCUACCUGAAUUCUGUGGGAAAGCACGUGAUUGGAGAUGUGCAGAAUAUAACUAUCAGCCAGUAUGCCUGUUAUGAGCAGGUUGCAGUGACAGUAUUUUGGGUAGCAAAUGCUAUUGGGAUUGAAUACCUGAAGGGAUUUCGAGUAAUACUUGAGGAGUUGAAGUCAGAGGGAAGACAAUGCCAGCAGAUGGUUUUAAAAGAUCCAAAGCAGCUCAGCCCCAGUUUUAAACGAAUAGGAAUGGAAUCCCAGCCCUUUGUAAAUCUGAAGUUUGAAACAGAUUACUUUGUAAAGAUUGUUCCCUUUCCUUCCCUUAAAAAUGAAAGCAAUUACCACCCGUUCUUCUUCCGAACCAGACCAUGUGAAUUGUUACUACAGCCAGAAAAUCUUGUCUGCAAACCUUAUUGGAAGCCAAGGAAUCUGAAUGUUACCCAACAGGGUUUCAACGUGCAAGUGUCUUUUGAUCAUGCACCUCUCAACUUUGGUUUUAAGUAUUACUUUCUUCACUACAAACUUAAGCAUGAAGGGUCAUUUAAGCAAAAGACCUGCAAACAGGAGCAAAACACAGAUACUACAAGUUGUGUUCUUCAGAAUGUCUCUCCAGGAGAUUAUAUAAUUGAGCUGGUUGAUGACACCAAUACAACAAGGAAAACGAUGCACUAUGCACUAAAACCAGUGCAUUCUCCAUGGGCUGGACCGAUAAGAGCUAUUGCCAUUACAGUCCCUUUAGUUGUCAUUUCAGCAUUUGCAACGCUUUUCACAGUGAUGUGUCGCAAGAAACAGCAAGAAAAUAUAUAUUCCCAUUUAGAUGAAGAGAGCUCAGAAUCUUCAGCAUAUGCUGCAGGCCUCCAUGUGGAACGACUUCGUCCCCGACCAAAAGUGUUCAUCUGCUAUUCCAGUAAAGAUUGCCAGAAACACAUUAAUGUCAUCCAAUGCUUUGCAUAUUUUCUUCAGGACUUUUGUGGCUGUGAGGUGGCUCUAGAUUUGUGGGAAGAUCUAAAACUUUGUAAGGAAGAUCAGAAGGAGUGGCUUGUUAAAAAAAUAAAUGAGUCCCAGUUUAUCAUCAUUGUGUGUUCCAAAGGAAUGAAAUACUUUGUUGAAAAAAGGAACUGGAAACACCGAGGAGUAACCAAAGAUGCAGGAAAGGGAGAACUAUUUCUGUUUGCUGUGUUGACUGUUGCAGAGAAGCUUCGUCAAGCAAAGCAGAAUUCAGAUGACCUCUGCAAGUUCAUUGCAGUCUACUUUGAUUACUCCUGUGAAGGAGAUAUCCCUGGUAUCCUGGAUCUAAGUACAAAAUACAAACUUAUGGACAAUCUCCCUCAGCUGUAUUCACAUUUACACUCUAGAGAUCAUGGCGUACAGGAUUCAGAGGGGUUUCCUGUUAACAUUAGUAAAAGGAAUUAUUUCAGGAGCAAAUCUGGAAGGUCUCUUUAUGUUGCUAUUUGCAACAUGCAUCAGUUCAUUGAUCAGGAACCAGACUGGUUUGAGAAACAAUUUAUUCCCUUCCCUCCACCUUCCUUACAUUACUCGGAGCCUGUCAUGGAAAAAUUUGAUUCAGGCUUGGUUUUAAAUGACUUAGUGAAUAAACAGGUGAUGGAUAGCGAUUUUUACCUGAAACCAGAUGUAAAUAUUAUUGCAGCAGGGAAUUCAGACUCUCACUGUAUAAUUCAGCACUUAAACCUUGGAGAAGAUAUCGAAACUCAGGACAUUCAAGGUGGUGGCAGCUCUGUUCUUCAGUCGUUGUUGCAUGUUGUUAAAGCUUCAAAUCUUAAAGAUAUGCCUCGAGAUUCUGGAAUCUAUGAUUCAUCUGUUCCUUCAUCUGAACUAUCUUUACCUUUAAUGGAAGGACUAUUGACAGACCAAACUGAAACAUCUUCCAUUACAGGAAGUGUUUCUUCAUCUUCAGGUUUAGGGGAAGAAGAGCCUCCUGUGAUCUCCACUACAAAGUUCUUAAUGCCUGGAAUAUGUAAAGCAGAACUUCAUUGCCAUAUCCAUACUGAUGAACUGCAGGCAAUUGAUCCUUUAUAGUAUGUUGCAACAUGUUACGCAUUGCCACUUUAUCAACAGCCUCUGUUUGUGCUUUAACUACCAUAAUCUCUCAGCACUAAAUCUACUUGAAGGAACAAAUACUCCAUGAAGAAGAUCUGUUAUUCCUAAAGGGUUUUUAUAUGGCCAAUGAACUUGAAUCUGUUGGUCUUUGUAUAAAGUGUUUCCUGAGAUGGAAAAUGCAACAUGGAAAAAUAGAUGAGAAUACAUUUCAUAGUAAUUCCUAUUGCUAAUUUAAAUGUCACGAUGUUACAUUGUUUACAGGUGCCAUAACCAAAACUGACUUUUUUUUUUGUUGUUUUGUUAGAAAUAGUCUUACAACUGGAGAUAAAAUAGCUUGGAACAUGAAGUCUUAGUAAAUUUUGUAGUCCAGCCUCUAGUUUUAAGUGCUGAAGUACUUGAUGGCAGGAGUGUUGUAGUGAAUGAGAGCAAGAUUUUUUUUCAGAAGCAAGAUAACAUGCCAAAGGUGAGAUCAGGAGAUUCUCCAUCACAAGAGAUAAUUUCCCUUUAGAAGUGUUUAAGCUCCUUUCCUCAGUCUUUCCCAAAUGUUAAU